AUGACCACGCACUACCAUUUUGUGGUGGCGGUCGACUUUGGAACCACAUACUCGUCGGUGACAUGCCAUCAGCGGCCCUUUGGCGACAAGCUCAAAGAUGUUGCAGACAAGCAGCCAAAAUUGUUUUCCAUCAAAAACUAUCCUGGAGCAUCCGCGUCUAAAAUGGGAGAAAUAUUUGAAACACCGACCGAGAUACUGUAUAGCGAAGGUCAAACAUUCUACGGAUAUGACGCCUGGAAAAAAUGGGACAGCAACAUGCACCGCCAGGGAAUCCUGCUGCAAUGGUUCAAAUUAGUGCUCGACGACUCCAAGGACGAACAGAGACUGCACGAGGCACAAAGAGUGUCGAGUCAGCUGGACAGCCUGGGCCUCACUAUCGGCGAUGCCAUUACCGAUUACUUGACCUUUCUGCUCGGACAUACCAAGUCUGAGCUGCAACUCAACAAUAGAUACUGCGAUGAUUGCACCGUUCAGCUGGUACUCACAGUGCCCAACGUAUGGAACGCCCGUGCCUGCUCCGUCAUGGCACAUGCCAUGGAGACUGCUGCCAAAGACCUCUCCUUUGGCCACGACUCCGAAGUUUAUCUGGUGUCCGAAGCAGAUGCUGCGGCGACGUACUUCUGUGACAGAGCCUCGGAUGUCAUGUUGAACCUGGGCGAUGUAUUCAUGACCGCCGACCUUGGAGGAGGAACUUCGGAUUUGAUGGUCUACAAGGUUACACAUGUGUAUCCUUUCCGCUUUGACCCUGUGGUCCCUGGCGAUGGCGCCGUUUGCGGCUCUAGCCACUUGAAUAAGGCUCUUGUCAGCGCAUUGAAGACCACAAUCGAAGCCGACCCCCGCUAUCGAAACACAAGGGAUUAUCUUCCCGAAGGCUGGACCAUCGAUGACAUUUUGAGCGCGGCGAACCACGACUUCGACACAGUAAAGAAGGAUGUCCGGAGCGAUUCAACAGGCGACUACAUCACUGUCCCGUUUCUGCCAAAACUGGAAGACAACCCGGACUCGGCCAGUAACUCCUUCUACGCCAAUAGGGAAUUUAUCGACGGAAUCUACCUUCCUCUUUUCAACCAGAUCUUGGGGUUGAUUCAAGGCCAGAUGCAAGCCGCUGCGAAAAACAAAACACCCUGCACUCACGUCGUUCUCAUCGGAGGCUUUUCUUUGUCCAACUGGUUACUGAGCUUCCUGCGAGAAAAUAUCAACGAUAAAGAUUGUCGUGUUAUGAGAGAACAUACAAGCCAAGAUGCAAUCUCCAGAGGCGGAUGUUUACGUUACUUCAACCAAGUAUCUGGUCCAGACGAGAUCAUGCAAGCCAGCUAUGGGUUUGUCACCCAAGAGGUGUGCGAACCUGACAAGUUUGAAGGUCAUAAGCCCGAGAAUGCCGUUCAGGAAUUUGAUGCCGACGACGGCGGAUUAUACGCUUGCGAUUGCGUCACCUACAUUGUCCAUCGGGGACAGAGAAUACCAGCACAGGGCCAGACAUUCCCUGAGAAGGCCUUUGUCCUAGAUCGUACCUUCCGACACCUGAAGCAGGACCUUUUGAUCCGCAUCGAAUUUGUCGAAAACAAAUCAGACAAUGUUCUGGAAGAUCAUUUUCACUACGGGCAUGACAAGAAUAUUGGGUGCCGUUCGCAAGGAGAGAUUGAAUUCGUCAUCCCGGCACGCGAGCUGAAACAACUGGCUGUGGAAAGAGUCCGCGGAGAGAAACGCUUCUGGAACAAGCGCGACAAGAACUUUUAUUACCUCCUUCGAUACGAAGCACGCAUCAAGAUUCUGGGCAAGAACAUCCGGUACGAGCUUUGGAUCGGCGGCUCAUGCAAAGCCUUCGGGGUCUUGACGGGCCUGUCCAGCGCGGUCGGGAUGAGUGAAGUCGAAGCGCGACUCGCUUCGCUGGCCAUAUGA